GAGAACCUCAUUCCGUUAAUUUAUUCAGUCUAUAAAUUAUAACGCUUCUCUUACCUUAAACAGUAGCAUUCUCUAUUCUUCGUCUUCUUCAUCUGCUUUUCAAUUAUAGCCAAAAAAAACCUCUUUUAAACCCUAGCAGAUCUCUCAAAAAAUGGGCGAAAAUUGCAAAACAUUUCCGAAACUCCCAAUCCCAGGCAAACGAAACAUCCUAAUUACUAGCGCUUUGCCUUAUGUCAAUAACGUUCCUCACCUUGGCAAUAUUAUUGGAUGUGUAUUGAGUGCUGACGUGUUUGCGAGAUACUGUAGACUUAGAGGAUACAAUGCAAUAUACAUGUGUGGUACAGAUGAGUAUGGGACUGCUACAGAGACUAAAGCUUUGGAGGAAAAUUGUACUCCUAAGGAAAUUUGUGACGAAUAUCAUGCUAUUCAUAAAGAAGUCUAUAAAUGGUUUGACAUAAGCUUUGAUGAAUUUGGACGCACAUCAACGCCACAGCAGACAGAAGUUUGUCAAGCAAUUUUCAAGAAGCUCUUUGAGAAUAAUUGGCUUUCUGAGAAUACAAUGCAACAGCUUUACUGUGACACUUGCAAAAAGUUCUUAGCUGAUAGACUUGUAGAGGGUAACUGUCCAACACCAGGUUGCAACUAUGAUUCUGCACGAGGAGAUCAAUGUGAAAAGUGUGGGAAACUUUUAAAUCCCACAGAACUAAUGGAGCCAAAAUGCAAGGUUUGUCGCAACACUCCAUGUAUCCGAGAUACAGACCAUUUGUUUCUUGAGCUCCCUUUGCUGAAGGAUAGAUUAGAAGCAUAUGUCAACAACAUGUCAGUGGCUGGGGGAUGGAGUCAGAAUGCUAUCUACACAACACAUGCGUGGCUUAGAGAAGGACUUAAACCAAGAUGUAUAACUAGAGAUUUGAAAUGGGGGGUUCCAGUACCACAUGAAAAAUACAAGGAUAAGGUUUUCUAUGUGUGGUUUGAUGCUCCUAUUGGAUAUGUUUCAAUCACCUCAUGCUAUACAACCGAGUGGGAGAAGUGGUGGAAGAAUCCAGAUGAUGUGGAACUGUAUCAGUUUAUGGGCAAGGACAAUGUGCCUUUUCACACUGUAAUAUUCCCAUCUACGCUUCUCGGAACUGGUGAAAACUGGACGCUUAUGAAAACUAUCAGCGUAACAGAAUAUUUGAACUAUGAAGCAGGCAAAUUCUCUAAGAGCAAGGGUAUAGGAGUUUUUGGUAAUGAUGCAAAAGAUACAAAUAUUCCUGUAGAAGUAUGGAGAUAUUACUUGCUGACAAACAGGCCAGAGGUCUCAGACACUUUAUUUACAUGGGCAGACCUACAAGCAAAGUUAAACAGUGAGUUGCUAAGCAACUUAGGCAAUUUUGUCAAUAGAGUCUUGAGCUUCAUCGCAAAAGAUUCAGCUUCAGGUUAUGGUUCCAUUAUUCCCGAUGUUGAAGGAGCGGAAUCACAUCCCUUGACAAAGGCAUUGGGUGAAAAAGUUGGAAAUUACGUGGAGCAGUAUAUAGAAGCCAUGGAGAAGGUUAAAUUAAAGCAAGGCUUGAAGGUUGCGAUGUCUGUUUCUGGUGAAGGAAACGGUUAUCUGCAGGAAAGUCAGUUUUGGAAACUUUACAAGGAAGAUAGGCGUUCGUGUUCCAUAGUGAUGAGAACUGCUUGUGGUCUAGUCUAUCUUCUGGCAUGUCUUUUAGAGCCAUUUAUGCCAUCCUUUUCACGUGAGGUGCUUAAGCAGCUCAACUUGCCUCCUGAAACACAACUUUCACUGGCUGAUGAAAAAGGUGACGUUGCCAAUAGCAAAAGACCAUGGAACAUUAUACCUGCAGGUCACAAAAUUGGAACACCAGCACCAUUGUUCAAGGAGCUGAAAGAUGAAGAAGUUGAAUUCUACAGAGAGAAGUUUGCAGGAAGUCAGGCAGAUAGGGCAGAUAGGGCUCUGAAGGCAGAAACUGAUGCCAAAAAGAUGGCUGAACAACUGAACAAAACAAAAAUAUCAGAUGGUAAUAAGAAGGAACGUGCAAAAAAAUCUUCUGAAACCAAAUCUAAGGCCCCAGCCACUGUCGAAGGAGAAAUUUCCAUUAGUAGACUUGACAUUCGCGUUGGUCUCAUAACGAAGGCACAAAAACAUCCUAAUGCUGAUUCAUUGUACGUGGAAGAGAUUGAUGUUGGUGAAGCUCUGCCCAGAACUGUUGUUAGUGGCCUUGUAAACUAUAUUCCACUUGAGGAGAUGCAGAAUCGGAAGGUCUGCGUUCUAUGCAACCUAAAACCAGUUAGCAUGAGGGGGAUAAAGUCCCAGGCAAUGGUUCUUGCUGCGUCUAAUAGCGAUCACACUAAGGUUGAAUUAGUUGAGCCACCUAAAGAUGCUGCAAUUGGGGAACGAGUUACAUUCCCGGGGUUUGAUGGCAAGCCUGAUGAUGUCUUGAACUCUAAGAAGAAGAUUUGGGAAACUGUUCAGUUGGAUCUGCAUACAAAUAAGGAGUUGGUUGCCUGCUAUAAAGAUUUACCAUUCACUACAUCAUCUGGUAUUUGCAAAGUUGCAUCCAUUUCUGAAGGAUCAAUUAGGUAGACUGAUUCUUUGGUUCAUUUAUUAGGAAAAAGGAAUGUAAUACCUUCCUUUGCUUUUAAAGUGUUUUCUUGUUUAGUUCUCUGAUAGUUAACAAACUUACUGUUAUCAAUUGUUGGCAAUAUUACCACAGUUGCUAAAGUUUUGAAUCAAUUAAUAAUGGCACGUCGCGACUUCCUUUC